AUGGCUCUCUGGAUCCAAUCCCUGCCUCUCCUGGCCCUCCUUGCUCUUUCUGGCCUUGGGAYCAGCCACGCAGCUGCCAACCAGCACCUCUGUGGCUCCCACCUAGUGGAGGCUCUCUACCUGGUCUGCGGAGAGAGAGGCUUCUUCUACUCCCCCAAAGCCCGGCGRGACAUUGAGCAGCCUCUAGUGAGUGGGCCAUUGCGUGGCGAGGCAGAAGAACUGCCAUUCCAGCAGGAGGAAUAUGAGAAAGUGAAGAGAGGAAUUGUUGAGCAAUGCUGCCAUAACACGUGCUCCCUCUACCAACUGGAAAACUAUUGCAACUAG